GUGAGUAAUUGGCUUUUAGUGACAGCGGUUCGCUAAAACACAUUCCAUCAUCUCCCUCCACGAAUCGUUUUGUUGUUGUCGCGAAUACCAGUGUAGUUCAACAAUUAGCGGACUUUAUGUAAAUUCUUGGAUCCAUACACGCAUAUAAGCUUCAGUCAAUACACAUCCGAGAAACCGUAAGAUACAUUGAAUUUUUGGCUGCUUUAUCGAGGUUGAUAACGGUAAAUAGGAAUUAAAAAAAGUGUCGCUUGGCGGGUUCUGUAACAGAUUUUUCUAGUCGAUACGAAACAAUGGCGGCAACCGCUGAGAAUGUAAAACUACCAGAUUUGAUCACUAAAUGGAUGGAAGUGCAGAAGCUUCGAGCAGGUCUCGACGAGCAUGCUACUUCGGACUUAAAGCCGUUGAAGGUAGACGCUAUCGAUCUGACGCUGCUACUAAAAUCAAUGGGAUUAAAGUUGGAAUACCUGGACUUCGAGCAAGACAAAUCCAACACUGAUACACUAAUAGUGGAAAUAAAGUGCAACAGAUCUGGAGUAGUCGCGAGAAUGAGUUAUGAUUUGGUAGACUGUUCAUGUCCUGAGAAAGACGAGAAAGAAACAUCGUUUUGGGAGGUUCAAGCUACAGGACCACAAGUGUUUUCGAAGUUCAAGAACAACACAUCGUCAAACUUACUACCAGAGGUUUCAGAAAACUGCUCAAUGGUCUCCAAAGCUAUGCUAUCGAAUUUGUUGGAUUACUAUCGAAGCAGCAUGAAAUCAAUUGAACAAGGCGAAGACGUUUUACAAUCCCCGUUAAAGAUUGCUAUGCCAAAAAUUUGUAUCACUAGUCCAGGGCUCGGCAGAGAUGACAGAACUACCUUCGUAACACCCCCAGCUGAAGGCAAGUUUAUGGCACUGAUCGAAUCAGUUAGCUCACCAGAAGCCAAAAAUACAAAUCAUUCAGAAUCUAGUCCUGUCAAAGCUGAACCAACAGAAGAGUCAAACAGCUGUCCGACACCGUCCAAAAUACAAGAAAUAGAUAAUAAAUCCAACAACUCCACUGAAAGCGUAGGUAUUGACAAUGCCACUCGAGAUAUAUCAAAUAGUGAUCCGAGUGAAAAAUCAACAGUUGAAAACGUCGUAAAUGCUCAAGAAACUAAAAUACCAGAUGACAGUUUUGCUAACAGCGAAGCAAUGAAGGCUUUAAUAACAUCUAGUCCAAAUGAGAAGGUAUUCGAAGACGCUGUGAAUCUAGAUCAGAAUCAUGAGCGUGAUUUGAAUGUUAUUCACUGUCUCCAGGUAGCACGACAUGAAAUCGAUGCUGCACUGCUCGUCAUGAAGUUGAAUAAUCCUUCUCGACUUUUACCUCAAAUCUCAGCUAUCACUACCACACCGCAAACUGUAAUACGCAAAAGGCUCGCGAUACCUAAACUGCCAGAACGGGCCAAUUCGUUGACUAAUAUCAAUAGAAGAAUGUCGCUGCCAGGACAUGCGGGUGAUUCGCAGAAAACAACGCCCAAUAGCGCCCCUAAUCUACAGAAAAAAAAUACCACUGUGACAUCAAAGCUAGCCACUACAAAACCAGUGGCUCGAGGCGACACUCCCCGUCCAACGGCCGCUCAAUUGAAAACCGCUGCUAUACUGCGCAAAACCAACACUGCUACAUCAACUUCUUCCACUGUCAAUUCUGGUAGUGUCACUAAAAGCAAUCAUUCCGUUCUGAAGAAGAGCGUUCCUGGAAUAAAGCCGAUUGGAAGUGUACGGCCGACCCCCAAUGUAACUGCGAAGCCAGCGUUGGCCACUGUUAUCGGUAGAUCGAAGAGUUCCGUUGCAAUUGACAAGAAAUAAGACCACGCAACCCAAAACUGUACUAGAACACCACGGCUAGAACUGUUAAAUUGAUUCUUCUUAUAUCAUGUCUAUUCAAAAGAGUUUUAAUAAACACCUUUUAAUAUAUUCGUCGAGUUGAAAAUUGCACCUAUAUAAGUGUCCACUAAUAUUAAGAAGUAUAUGUUAUACCAGAAGGUAUAAGGAAAAGAAUUUGUACCUUUUGAUCAAUCUAGAAUAUGUGAUAUUUAAUCAAUGAUUUCAAUAAUAUCGUAUAAUACAUGAUUCGUAAUGUUUGUGAGGAAAUUGUAUUGCAAUAUGCAGAAAAUUGUAGAUUGUGCAGCUGCUCAAACAAUGUUCGAAUAUUGAUACAUUCGGGAAAAAGACAAUGGCAAUGUUUUUUUUUCAAAAAUAAUUAUUUCUUGGGCUAAUCAGAGCU